AUGAAAUUGUUCGAGGCGUUUGAAGAUCUCAGAACGUGGUUGAGUUAUGCAGGUACUUAUCAGCAGACAUGCAUAGAUGGCCUUGAAAACGCCUCAAAUGGAUUGAUUAGUAUUAUGGUUCAAAACCUUAAGAAUUCCACUGAAUAUACUAGCAAUAGUGGGGCCAUCAUUAUCUCAAUUGAAGAGUCUAUUGGUUCAUUGGGGGGGAUUGGAAGGAAUCGUUUGAUGAGUUUCAGUGGCAGUGCAGAGCCAAAUUGGUUGUCUUUUAAGGACAGGAAACUUCUGCAAGCUCCGAGUUCAAAGAUUAAGGCAGAUGUCGUGGUGGCGAAAGAUGACUCUGGAAAAUACAAGACUAUUUCAGCAGCCCUUGAGGCUGUGCCGGAGAAGAGUAAAAAGAGAUUUGUCGUCUAUGUGAAGAAGGGACUUUAUGUCGAAAAUGUUAGGGUCGAGAAGACAAAAUGGAAUGUUAUGAUCCUUGGCUAUGGACAGGAUGAAACCAAUGUUUCUGGCAGCCUCAAUUUCGUUGAUGGAACUCCCACAUUUCAAUCUGCAACAUUUGCUGUGUUUGGACAAGGAUUUAUAGCUCGAGACAUGGGUUUCCGCAACACUGCUGGAGCUUCCAAGCAUCAGGCAGUGGCCUUGAUGUCGACUGCUGAUCUUUCUGUCUUCUACCGGAGCAAUAUAGACGCAUUCCAAGAUACUCUCUACUCACAUUCCAAUCGCCAAUUCUAUAGUGAAUGCAGCACAUAUGGCACAGUCGAUUUCAUCUUCGGGAAUGCAGCAGUUGUGCUCCAGAACUGCAACAUUCUUCCCAAGAAGCCCAUGCCUGGCCAACAGAACACUAUCACUGCACAAGGCAAGAUCGACCUGAAUCAGAACACCGGAAUUUCAAUUCAAAAUUGCACCAUUUUGCCCGCUGGAAAUCUCACUGGAGUCGACACAUUCUUGGGGAGGCCUUGGAAAAAUUACUCCACAACUGUUUACUUGCAAAGCAUGAUGGGAAGUUUCAUUGAUCCAGAGGGGUGGUUGCCAUGGGUGGGCACAAGUGCACCAGACACCAUAUUCUAUGCUGAAUUCCAGAACUUUGGCCCUGGAGCUGUGACCAAAAAUAGGGUCGAUUGGAAAGGAUUGAACCUCAAUAUUACUACUAAGCAGGGUAAAAAGUUUACUGUUAAAUCAUUCAUUAAUGGGCAGAAAUGGCUUCCAGAUGCAGGUGUUGGCUUCAAAUCUGACCUUUAA